UAAGAGACCAUACUCAUAGCAACUUUUCUUUGCAAUCAACUCGCACAGUUGUCGCACAAAAUCAGGAAGCAUCAGCCGAAUCUACGGAAAUAUACAAAGUAAUUGGAGAAGAAAGAUUGCCAGCACAUAGCAAGAACAUUCAACAAGCAGCUUUGUCAGUCGAGAUGGUAAAGGAAGAGAAUUUUGUGGCUGAUGGCGCCGAUGAGGAAAUGUUAGGCUCCGGCACACCCGACGAGAAGCUUACGGAGCGACGUGACGAGGUCAAAUUCAUAAAGGGCGAUCAUCAGAAUGGCGAUGCAAAGAUUGACAUAGGCAAUCUUAAUGGCAAGGAGGCUUUUACUGGCAUGAGCAAGGAGGAGUUGCUGAAGUACGCCAAUGAUCCGUUCUGGGUGCGUUUGCGUUGGAUAUUCUUUGUGGGCUUUUGGGUCAUCUGGGUGAGCAUGCUGGUGGGCGCCAUAAUGAUCAUAAUUGGUGCACCCAAGUGUGCUGCCCCAGAGCCACUGCCCUGGUACAAGCGUGGACUGCACGCCAAGUUUGGCAGCGUGGCUGAUGUCAAGCCUGAGGAUUUGCAAGCCGCACAAAAAUUGUUUGCUUCGGGUGCGAUUUACGAGCUGCCCGCUGCGCACACCUACGACGUAAAGAAAGCAGAUGUGGAGGCACAGAUCAAGCAAGUCGUAGAUUUAUACAAAUCCAGCGAUGUGAAGGUCGUGCUCGAUCUCACACCCAACUAUGUCAGCAACAGCUCUCAGCUGUUCGUCGAUGCGCUGGCCGAUGCGGAUCGCAGGUCUGCAUUUGUUUGGGUGGAUGCUGGCAGUGAACUGCCCAACAACUGGAAGAAGGUGGGCGGCAACACCAGCGCCUGGAAGAAGCAGGACAACAGCUAUGUAUUGUCACAGUUCCAAGAGGGCAACUACGAUCUGAAGAUGAACUCGACGCUGGUGCGAAAGGAGUUUGGAGAUGUGCUACGGCAUCUACUAGGAAUGGGUGUGCAUGGCUUCCGCUUAAAGAACACCAAGUUUUAUCUGGUCAACGAUAAUCUGGCCGAUGAGGAGAUCUCGCACACGACCAAGGAACUGAAUAUGGUGGACUAUGGCUUUUACAGCCAUACACAGACAACAUUCCAGAACGGCUUGGGCGAUGUGCUCUACGACUAUUUAGCCAUGGUGAAGAACGUCUCGGCCAAUGCGUUCCUCUCAGUGGCCGAGGAUAUUAUUCGCCCUGAAGCGUACGUGCUGAGCCAAGCGGGCGGCGCUUUAGGCAUCGAUCUGCCCAUGUAUGGAGAAUUCGUGCGUACACUCAGUUCGUCGAAGACAAACAAGAAACUGCAACAGCAGCUACAGCAAACACUCAUGGACACGGCCAACAACAGUUGGUUGCAGUGGAACUUCGCCGAUGUCUACGUGGACACCACUUCGCAUCCCUCUGCAUUGGCUCUCUUCAUGUCUCUGCUGCCGGGCGUGCCCGUCGUGCCUGUGGACUCCAUUGAGUAUGUGAAUGUCAGUGAUCACACCUACAGUCAAAUCCAACAGAUGCGUCUCUCGCCCUCGUACAUGCACGGCGAACUUAACAUCUUCGAGGCCAACCAGCUAAUUGCUUACUCCAGAAUCAAGUCUGGCAGUCCCGGCUACUUUGUCAUCUUUAAUCCAACCGAUUCGCCGCAGCUGAGCAACUUUACUGUCGAUCACAAGCUGCCCGAGAAGAUGACCGUCUCCUAUUUCAGCGAGAACUUCAACAAUGGCAAUGCCACAAAGAUAUUGCCCUCGAGCAAGGUCGAUCUCAAUGAGCUACAGGUCGCACCUCAUUCGACCAUUGUUUUCACCUAUGUGCCGGUCAAGAGCGAAUAGAAAAUCUCAGGAAAAUAACCGCACAAUAAUUAUUCGUGGUACGGUGGAUGCUCGCUAAAGCAAAUAACUUGUUCGUUAAACGCAGAAUAUCUCGUUGCAAGAAUUUCUAAACCAAUUCAUAAUAAAACUUGUUAAUUUAUUU